GUCUCGCGGAUCCUCCUGAGAUCAACACGCCGCUCGUCGCGUCGCAGCCAGCAUGGAGGAAACCCUGCGGAAGCUGCAGAAAGACGCGUCCGGACACAAGCACAAAGCUCUGCGCGAUGCCUGCGUCUACGCCCGGGAAACCCUGGAGUCUCCGAAUGGAUCCGCCAAGAUUUCCCCUUCACAGCUUCGAGAGCGCUGUCUGCUGCCUCUACAGAUGGCUCUGGAGUCUAAAAACACCAAACUGGGACAGGCGGCGCUUACUGGGAUGCAGAAGCUCCUGUGUGAGGACAGGUUGGUGGGCGGGGUCGGCGUGGAGUUGGAGGUCCUGGAGAAGCAGCUGCUCAGCCAGAUGCUGGAGGCCAUCAGAGUCACCCCAUCCCUCCAUGAAGACCUGCAGGUGGAGGUCAUGAAGGUCCUGCUGUGCAUCACCUACUCGCCAAACUUUGACAUCAACGGAGACUCCAUCCUCCGGAUCGCUGAGGUGUGUAUCCAGACCUACAUGUCCAGCUGUCACCAGCGCAGCAUCAACACGGCGGUCCGAGCCACGUUGAGCCAGAUACUGGGCGACCUGACGCUGCAGCUGAGACACAGACAAGAGGGCGCAGAUGGAGACGAGGUGACGGCGCCGCCGCUGCACAGAAGAGAUGUUUCUCCCACCAGCCAGGCUCUGUGUGAAGACGUGGUGACGGUGCUGACGGUUUUCUGCGAGAGGCUGGAGUCGGUGGACAGUGAGAACCAGCUCCUGCAGCUCCUCUACCUAGAGUGCAUCCUCUCCAUGCUCAGCAGCUGCCCUCCCACAAUGCACCUGUCCAGGGGGUUCGCCGACCUCGUGUGGAAGCAGCUGUGUCCGUCCCUCGUGGCGAUCAUGGGAAACCCCGCCAACGACAAAACAAUCGCUUCCCACCACGGCUACACGGGCGCGUCAGACCGCCUCUCGGACCGCCACAGUCUAGGAUUCAGCCAGGAGGUGGACCCCUUCGGUGGAGGGGUGUCCGAUCAAGGCCGAGGGUCCGGCUGCUCCUCCAGCGCCCCCGCCAGGAUCGCGCCGGUAGUGCGGACCGUGUGUUACAUCGCCGCGGAGCUCGUGCGUCUGGUGAACUGCGUGGAGUCGAUGAAGCCGGUGCUGCAGUCGCUGUACCACAGGAUCCUGCUGUACCCGCCUCCUCAGCACCGCACCGAGGCCAUCCGCAUCAUGAAGGAGAUCCUGGGCAGUCCCCAGCGGCUGUACGACCUCGCCGGUCCUUGCGUGGCUGAGCCUGAAACCAGGAAGCGCUCCUUCUCAAAGAGGAAGUCCCACCUGGACCUGCUUAAGCUAGUGAUGGACGGCAUGACCGAGGCCUGCGUGAAGGGAGGCAUCGAGGCGUGCUACUCGUCGGUCUCCUGUGCCUGCGCUCUCCUCGGGGCGCUGGACGAGCUGUCGCACGGCCGCGGCAUUCAAUCUGAGCAGGCUCGGCUUCUCCUCAGACGGCUGGAGGAUCUGAAAGAGGGGACGGAGUCGACGCGCGAGUCCAUGGAGAUCAACGAGGCCGAUUUCAGGUGGCAGAGACACAUCCUGUCCUCCGAGCAGCCUCCCUGGGACACCGGAUCUUCUUCCUCCCACGCGGCCGCCGCCGCCACCGAGCGCAGCCCCGACAUCAGCAUCAGCAUCACCACGGAAACGGGACAGACCACUGUGGACCUGGAGGCCGGGGUGGCCGGGGAGCUCGCCGCGGUUCUGGGCCGCACGACUCCCGAGGAGUGUGGCGAGGAUGCGCGCCUGCCCUCGACCUCAUCCCGUGGCGGCCAGGAGGGAAGCGGACCUGCGGUUCCUCCAGAUGUGGUGCAGCGAAGUCACGGCCUCGUCCACCCCGACAUCACCAACUUCCUGUCCGUGGAGUCCAGGACCAGGCCGCCCCACGGAGGAGGGUCGCGUUACAGCGAGAGCAACUUCAGCAUCGAGGAGCAGGACUUGUCGCGCACGGAGUUCGACUCGUGCGACCAGUACUCCAUGGCCGCGGAGAAGGACUCGGGCCGCUCCGACGUGUCGGACAUCGGCUCCGACAACGUCUCGCUGGCGGACGAGGAGCAGCAGACGCCUCGCGACUGCCCGGGCCACCGCUCCCUGCGCACCGCCGCCCUGUCGCUCAAGCUGCUGCGCAACCAGGAGGCCGACCAGCAGAGCGCCGGGCUGUUCGUGCAGUCGCUGGCGGCGCUGCUGCCCCGGCUGCUGGGGCUGCCCGACGCCACCGAGGUGGACCAGUCGCUGCAGAACUUCUCCUCCAGCUUCUGCUCCGGACUGCAGGCCGGUGGGAUCCACUCCCCAGGCUUCGAGGCCGGUGACACCCUGAGCUGUCAGUCUCUGAUGAACGCGGACGCCCUCUACCUGGUGUCGUACUACGCUCUCCUGCUCAACCUCAAACUCUGCUGCUGCGACUACUACAGGAGGCGAACGCUCGCACCCGUCCUCAGCCUGAAGGAGUUUGUGCGUCUGAUCCAGAGCAGCGGAGUCCUCGUGGUGCUCUCUCAGGCCUGGAUCGAGGAGCUCUACAAUCAGGUGUUGGAGCGCAACCUGCUGGGCGAGGCCGGGUACUGGGGCUCACCGGAGGACCACGGCCUGCCGCUCAUCACCGUGCUGACAGAUAUCGACGGUCUGGGCAGCAGUGCGAUUGGAGGACAGCUGAUCCGGAGGGCGUCCAACCAAUCACCACUUAGCGUUGACCAGGCCGGGAGUGACACUGUGAUGGCAGGAGCCGUGUUCUCUCGCUUCGUCCUCACCGGCGUGUGGAAGAACCUGAUCGACGUGCUGUCCACGCCGCUCACGGGCCGCAUGGCGGGCAGCUCCAAGGGCCUGGCGUUCAUCCUGGGAGCGGAGGGGGUCAAAGAGCAGAGCCAGCGGGAGCGCGACACCAUCUGCCUGAGUUUAGACGGCCUCCGCAAAGCCGCCGCGCUCAGCUGCGCUUUGGGUGUGGCUGCCAACUGUGCCUCAGCGUUGGCGCAGAUGGCCGCAGCUUCGUGUGUGCAGGAAGAGAAGGAGGAAAAGGAAGCGGGAGAGAUGGGCGACGCCAUCACACAAGUGAAGCAGCGUGUUGAACAUCGUCUGGAGCAGAUCGUUCGUCCUCAGGGAGUUCGCCUCCACACGGCUCACGUGUUGUGUAUGGACGCCAUCCUGAACGUGGGACUGGAGAUGGGCAGCCACAACCACGACUGCUGGCCACAUGUCUUCAGGGUGACUGAAUACAUCAGUUCCUUGGAGCACGACCACUUCAGCGACGGCGCCUCACAGCCGUCCUCCUUGACCACCAUCACCCAGCAGGCGGUGGACCUGGGGAUGGAGCUGAGCUGCGAGCCCAGCCCGGAGGCCUCGGAGCUGGGCCUGAGCCGGCCGGUCAUCCAGCCUCUGUCCAUCCAGGAGCUGCUGAGGGAGAGCAGCAGAGGCCGGGGCCUGGACCUGAAGGGCGGCAGCCUGAUGACCGGGACCAGUGCUGCCAAGGCUGUGUGUACGCUGUCAACGCAGGCGGACAGGUUGUUUGAAGAAGCAGCUACCAAGCUGAACCUGGUUGGUCUGGUCGGCUUCUUGCAGCAGCUCAGAAAAGCGUCUCAGUCCCAGCUGUUCGACUCCGUUACUGAGACUGGAGACUAUUCACUGGCAAUGCCAGGAGAGGCCAAGUCGACCCUGGACCGACGCAGCGCUCUCCAUCUCUUCCGUCUGGGCGAGGGCAUGCUGAGGAUCGUCAGGAACAGGAACCGACCUCUGCUCCACAUGAUGAGGGCCUGGAGCGUCGUGGCACCGCAUCUGGUGGAGGCUUCGUGUCACAAAGAGCGCCACGUAUCCCAGAAGGCCGUUUCCUUCAUCCACGACGUCCUGACGGAGGUGCUGACGAGCUGGGCGGAGCUUCCGCAAUUCCACUUCAACGAGGCGCUGUUCAGGCCCUUCGAGCACAUCAUGCAGCUGGAGCUGUGCGACGAGGACGUCCAGGACCAGGUGAUAACCUCGAUAGGCGAGCUGGUGGAGAUGUGCUCCCCUCAGAUCCUGUCGGGGUGGAGGCCUCUGUUCAGCGCUCUGAGGACCGUCCACAGCAGCAAGACGGACACGAAGGACUACCUGCUGGGGGAAUACUCCAUGGGGAAGUCCCAGGCGCCUGUGUUUGACGUCUUUGAGGCGUUCAUCAACACCGACAACAUCCAGGUUUUCGCCAACGCCGCCACCGACUACAUCAUGUGCCUCAUGAAGUUCGUCAAAGGCUUAGGAGAAGUGGACUACAGGGAGAUUGGAGACUGUGUCCAUCCGUCGGGUUUCAGCUCCACUGACCUCUGCCUGCCCGCUCUGGACUACCUUCGCAAGUGUUCUCAGCUGCUGGCAAAGAUCUACAAGAUGCAGAACAAGCCGGUGUUCUUGGGGGCGCGGCUCGCCAGCCUGCCGAUGAGGACGAUGAGGACGCAGGAAUGCUCGAUCAGCACCGAGGACGGGAUGGACUGCGUCCUGCAGGAGUUUGACGACGACACGGGUCUGAUCCAGGUGUGGAUUUUGUUACUGGAGCAGCUCACGGCGGCGGUGUCAAACUGUCCGCGCCAACACCAACCGCCAACCCUGGAGCUGCUCUUCACGCUGCUCAGGGAGGUCAUCAAUGUGCCAGGUCCGGGCUUCGCCAUCUUCUCCGUCAUCCAGCUGCUGCUUCCUGUCAUGGCGCUGUGGCUCCAGCGUAGCCACGGCGACCACUCCUACUGGGACGUGGCCGCCGCAAACUUCAAACACGCCAUCGGCCUGUGCUGCGAGCUGGUGGUGGAGCACGUCAACAGCUUCAUACACUCGGAUGUCGGUUACGAGUCUCUGAUCAACCUGAUGUUGAAGGAUCUGUUCAAGCUGCUCGUGGCUUGUGUGUCUGAGCCCGCAGAGACCAUCUCCAGAGUCGGCUGCUCCUGCAUCAGGUAUAUUUUGGUCACAGUGGGUCCAGUGUUCACAGAAGAAAUGUGGAGGUUGGCCUGCUGUGCUCUGCAGGACGCUUUCUCUGCUACAUUAGAGCCCGUCAAGAACCUCCUCGCAUGUUUUCAUAGCGGCUCGGACAGUUUUUCUGGAGACGCCUGCGAGGUGAAGGUGGCGGCUCCAUCCCACUCGCCUGCAGCCGAGGCCGAGUACUGGAGGAUCAAAGCCAUGGCUCAGCAGGUCUUUAUGUUGGACACCCAGUGCUCCCCGAAGACGCCCAACAACAAGGAGGGCUUCGAGCACGCUCAGUCCUGCGUUCUCAUCAUCGAGCUGCCGGCCGACCAGCAGUCCAACGGGCGCGCUCAGAAGAGGAAAAUUGGGAUCCCGUUCCGGACCAUCGUGGUGAGCCUGUUGUCGCACCAGGUCCUGCUCCAAAACCUCCAUGACAUCCUGCUGGAGGAGUUCGUCAAGCAGCCUGAAGGAAAUGAAAAGGUCACACCUGCGACCUCUGACCCCAGCCGGGCAACCGCAGGCUUCCUGCGCUACAUCUCCAUGACUAACUUAGCCAUAAUCCUGGAUCUGCUGCUGGACUCUUACAGGACAGCGCGAGACUUUGACACCCGGCCGGGUCUGAAGUACCUGCUGAUGAAGGUGUCGGGUGUCUGUGGAGCGGCUAACCUUUACCGUCAGUCCGCCAUGAGCUUCAACCUGUACUUCCAGGCCCUGCUGUGUGCCACACUGAGCCAGGCCGACGGCAUGACCGCACAGCAGGUGAAGAGGAUGCUGUAUGAGGAAGAGGAGGGGAGCUCUGACUCUUCUCACCCUGGCUCUGCUUCGUCGGAGGACGAGGACAUCUUUGAAGAAACGGCGCAGGUCAGCCCCCCUCGCGGCCGGGAUAAACGUCAUCACUGGCGAGCGCCCAUCCCGUCUCUCAGCGUGCAGCCGCUGAGCAGCGCUGACUGGGCGUGGCUGGUCAAGCGCCUCUACAAGCUGUGCAUGGAUCUGUGCAACAGCUACAUCCAAAUGCACCGCGACCUGGAGAGCACGCUGGAGGAGAUGGCGCUGCAGAGAGGAGCAGGAGGAGGAGGAGGAGGAGAUCACGUCUUCUUCCUGCCUCUCUUCCAGUCCGAGACUUCCACUCCGACUUCGGCGGGCGGGCUGUCGGCGAAAGUGACGCCAUCGGAGGAAGGCGGGUACAGGUGUCAGGCAGCCGACAGCUCGGCGUCACCAGGAGACACGCCCACUCCCAGCACAGGAUCCAGCUGCACAGGAAGUCUGCCCCACGACUUCCGGUCGGCAGGCGAGAGGCGGGACUCCGGGGUUACGGGAAGUUCUGUCGGAGGAGCUCCUGGCGCCGGCGGACCGGGAAGGAGAAAGGAAUGGUGGGAAAGCGCCGGCAACAAACUGUACACCAUCGCCACGGACAAAACCAUAAGCAAGCUGAUGAUGGAGUACAAACGCAGGAAACAGCAGCAGCAGCAGCAGCAGCCGCCGCCGCCGCCGCAGCAGCAGCAGCAGCAGAGCCACGUCAACCUGUUCAUGAAGGAGCAGGGCCGGGCGGCAGGAGGAGGGAAGAGGAGGGGCCCCGUGGAGCCACAAAGGCCCCUGCAGAGGCCCCAACAUCUUGUGGACCAGCAGGUCCCCCCAUUGAGGCACUCGGUCAGUGCGGGACCUGAGGUGCUGAGGCAGGAGAAGAGACCACGAUCAGGAUCGACCAUCAGCUCCCACAGCAUCUCCAUGAGGGACUCUGAGGCCCAGAUACAGGCGUGGACCAACAUGGUCUUGACUCUCCUGAAUCAGGUCCUCCUCCUGCCGGACUCCUCGUUCCUGGCCCUGCAGCCGGCGCUCUUCCCGUGCCUCAGCCAGCUCUCCUGCCACGUGACCGACGGCCGCGUCCGCCAGGCGCUGCGCGACUGGCUGGGCCGCGUCGGCAGGCUCUACGACAUCACCGGGUGAUGACAUCGCAGGCCGUGAAAGGAAAACGCGAACAAAAGCACCGGCGUCGAAAAAAUGAGCGCGGGUCUGUCGGUCGGUGAAGGGGGCGUGAAGCGGACGGAAAGGUGAAUUGAGGGGUUUUUUUGACGGCGCCGCUGUGCGGUAGAUUGACGGAAGGUGUUUCGGGCUUGCUGAUGGCGCGAUGCGAAGGCAGACUGACGGUCGUAAUGUAACAGACUGGUGCGACGAGGGACGCUGGUCGGUCGGCGGUCUCUCGUGUGGAUUGGUGGCACUUUUUUAGAAGAACGACGGGGACAUCGGCGAACGUCACGUGACAUUUAAAGGCACAGUGUGUAGGAUUUAGUGGCAUCUAGCGGCGAAUACCCCGCCGCUCGGGGGCCUCUCUUAACAAGACUGCGGUCACUUGAGCCGCCGAUAGCAAAACCGCGGUCCUCCCUCACCGUGACACGGCUACUUUAGGAGCGAUGGAAGUCAGACGUCUGGCGGUACCAACGUUUUGCUCUCUGCGGGUCUCGCUAGGUUCAGUUUGUCCGCUCUGGGCCACUGUAGAAAAAAAUGGCGGGCUCAUUCUGAGCUAACGAUUCUUAGUUUCAGGUAACUGUAAACCAAUGAAGACAUAGUUAUGAAUAUUAUAUUCCAUUUCUGCCGAAAGGAUCCCUCAAAAAAUGCUCAACACUGGCCCUUAAAGGUUUUGAUUGGAAUGAAGGAGUUAGCGUGUGAAGGACAACUAUUUGCUCAUAAUUUUGACAUAAUAUCUUAAUGUGGAUGCCGAGCUAAAUGCGCGCACAUGCAAUGAAUUGUCAAUACUGUUACGUUUUUUUAUUUGCAUAUUUCUUUUUAAAAAAGGUGCCCUUUUUGGAGUUUUCUUGCAAACAAACGGAGCUCUUUCUACAUUCGGAGCAUGAAUCAGUUUCUUAGUACACGACUGCCAAACAGCUUUGAUGUUCCAGCUGCUCGUAGAGCGUGAGAUUCAUCACAACUUAACCACAUGUGGUCAGAAACUCAACAGGGUACCUUUUUUUUUUUUUUUAAGGAAAAGCAUCUUUAUUUUAUUGUAUUUACAACCUGGGGGCAUAUUUUCAACUCCGUUUUGGCCAAUAUUACAACUCGUAAUGAGGACAACGAUGAAUAAUAAUAAUAAUAACUCAACAGAUGAUGCGGUGAAGGGAAAUGACAGAUCACUAGCAUUUGAAAAUAAAUCCAGCUAAAAUUAGGUCAACUUCAAAUAUUGUUACGUGUAUUUGUGAGGUCCUUUGCGUCUGAACCGAUUGUACAUGAAAGUUUGUUUGCUGCAAUGCAUUUUCUAUAUCCAGCUUUUAAAAUACUGUGUGGUCUCAUUUACUCAUCCAACCUUCAACUGAAUGUCUGAAUGUUUAUUAUUCACUUUCUGGAAUGAGUGCAUCACCAAAAUGGAGCUUUUCAAGUAUUUAUUUUAACCCCCCCCCCCAAAAAAAAACACGUACAGUAUGUGUAUUUUAAUGUCAAAUGCCUAUAAUAUACAACGCGUUAUUUACCGCUGUUUAUUUGUGUACGUGUAUUUAUGUAAAUGCUUUAUUAUUUAAGAUAUUUAACGUGUCAUUUUGAGCAUUUUCUCUCAUUUAAAAAAAAUAUAUAUUUCAUCUGCAACUUUUAAACAUUAACCUCCAACUAAUAAGUAGAUUGUUCUUUUCUGUUUUGGAUCAGUUAUCAAAGGUGAAGUCUUCAAAUAUCAUCUUUUGUCCGACCAGCAGUCCAGAAAACAAAGAUAUUUACGUAACAAUUUAUUUUAUUCUAUUUUUCAACAUUUAAGCCAUGCACAUUUCCAUGAAAUUUACUGAGCGAAUUCUUGCCCUCCAGAGGAUGAACCCCCUCAGAUUUCAAUGACCACAUGACUUUACUGAAGGCCGUCUUUAUUUGGCAUUAAUCUGCAAUCUUUAGGUCGUUAUCUUCCACUAAAUGAUAACCAACGCUCUCACCUGGAUGAUACUAAAAACAGUCAUCUCAUACUGUAACACAACAACACACAGAGAUCGAGUUACACACGUUGUGUCUAUUCAUGCCGUUGAGGAGCGUGUUGAAUUGAUGCUGACUUCAGCAGCUCCGACCAUAUUGAGGGCGGUCGGGAAAGGGGAGGGGCGUGCGAAUCUCCUAAGAAGAUUUACUCUUCUUUUUUCUUUUUUUUCACCCAGUUUGUCAACAUCCUUUUUUCGAUUGUCCCUCUCUCUCUUCGCCGGCUUCCUCCCUUCCAUCUGCUGAUUCACUGUUCUGCACCUAAAAACGACACGAUUCUGCAAAUGCAGUGUACGGCCCCCGAGAUACCGAAGGAGGUAGUGAUGAGAUGGAGGCAACAAAGGGCCACAUGGUUCUCUCUUCACCCCAGUAUUUAUUGCAAUUGCAAAUCUCAAUUUGGACAUUGUGUAAAAAACAAACAAGCGGCGUCCCUUCAGCGCCUGUAAAAAUGAAAGUAAAUGCAGAAGUGCCUUUUUUUUUUUUUUUACUUGCAUUCUUUCUAGUGACCACCAGGGGGUGCCUCCUCUGGUUUGCUAAAAUAAGUCAGAUUGAUCGAAGUCUAUGAGAAAAUGUGCCUUCUUAUCACUUGAGUUAUGACCUCAGUAAACACAAUAUUUAGACACAAUUUAACAUGCAUUUCCUCGUUUUCCGUCGCCGACGCGCGAACUCGCUGAAGUAACAUCGGAUAACAGAACGUGAGACAGUGUUGGGACCCGGUUACUACUCGCAACUCUCUCUCUCUCUCUCUCUCUCUCUCUCUCUCUCCCGGCCCGUCUCUGUUGUCUCUCGGCCCCCGUUCGGUGUCCCUGACCCGUCCCCACUCGUUCUCAGUCCCUGCUGUUUUAAAAGGACGAGCAGCGGGUGGACAGAUGCCGUCAGCGUGAUCAGCAGCAGUGAAGGGAGGGAUUUAGUUGGUGUUAAGUCCAUGGCCACGUUUCCAUCUAAAAAAAAUUCCGGUCUGGUUUUAACUGACGAUUUCACUUCUUUACGUCUUCAAGACAUUGUUUGUGUUUGCAUAUCUGGUGUCAACGAAGACACUUUUUUUUUCUACACUUCUGAGCUUCACCACUAAUGUGUCGCGGUUCGUCAUACAGCGCAGAGAUGAAGACGAGAUAGAUUCACCAAAACGUAGACGUUGCUGUGCACUGAAGGUCGACGAUGACGACGAUCUGCACCGCAAGUUCAAAACUGAAAAAGAUUUCCACACAAACUCUUAAGCUCUUAUUGCUUUCCGUUAUUGUAAAAGCUGCUUCUUUUGUCCUUUCACUGGGGGGGGGGUGGGGAAGCUGUAAUCUCAUUUGUACUAAUAGUUUACAGUAAAAUCAUCUACAGUUUAGUGUGCGGUCGAGGGAUUACUGGGCCUCUGGGCAGAUUGGAGGCUGUGACCUAAUACGCUUGCUUCACCCGCAGCAAAGACAGAUUGCUGGUAUAUCUUUUUUUUUUUUUUUAAAUAGAAAGGAAGAACAAUCGAACAAAAGACGAUGGAUGAGAUAUUUGGCUGGUUAGUUUAAUUUGCUGAGCGUCGGCCUGAGAGCGUACAGGAGCUUUAGACGUCGUCCUGUUGUCUGACUGACGGAGGAAGUGGGCUUCAUACACCCCAGACAUGUGACUCAGGACGGAGGGCGUCACGAGAGAACAUACAACUAGAGGACUAAAAGGUAUCGGCCAGUCAGAAGUAUGUGUCGGCCUCACCAUCAAGGUGUAAGAAAUGAUGCAUCGUGGGAAAUAGAAGGAUUCACCGUUUGUCUCUCGUCCUCCGGUGCUUUUGGUUUUGACCGUGUGUCUCUCACCUGUCCUCCAGCUUCAUGGAAGAGACUUUAAACACCCCUUUAAACUGAACUCUGAUAAGACAUGCGGCUAAAAUAAAUACAUAAAUUGCAGUAAUUUUAUCCAUAAAUACAAUUGGAAAUCGCGAGCAUCUCUUACAAAUAUAAGUUAUGACAUGGUAGUCGGUAGCCCUACUGGCCCAUACGUGUGAUUGUCGUCUGAGAGAACAUGGGACCAGAUUUUAUGUGUCCACAUUGCUCAGUUUCAUAACAGUUUCAUCUUCUGUUACAUAUGUUUUUUGUUUUUUUUUUUUUUUUUUCCUGGACCUUAGUUGGAACUCUAUUAACUGUAACCAGGUUAUUCGCUCCAAAGAAAAUGUGUGUGUGUGUGUGUGCUGGUGUCACUUACGAGUGCUACGAACUCGCGGGUAGAAAGACCCAUGCCAAAAUGAUCCGUUUAUGAAUUUUUUUAAAAAGCGUGCGUCCGCGUGCCCUCAGACGAAUGUGCAGACAGUUCCCGAUACGAACGCAGGCUUCCUGCACACUCCUUCAGGUGGUCGGCGCGUCUGUUUCGCUUCCUUCGCUGACCUUGAACGCGUCGCCGCUGGAAAAAUUGGCAUCGGCAGCUAAGAGGCUAAUGUUGUGACUGCGAUUUCUAUAAAAAAAAGAAGCGUAUUUUUCUUGCACGUGUAAUCUCUCCUGCUGACGUUUCUAACCCGGCUCUGGCUUUGCCCGUCCGCUUUUGUGUGUUGUACAAUAAAAGCAGUUCAUCUCA